AUGGCCGCCUCCGAACUCGAAAGCAAGGCUCAACAAUUCGCAGAGACAUACGCCGCUCUCUUCUCCUCCCCCGAUGCCUGCUCCACCGAAAAAGUCGCAGCUCUCGCGGACAAAGUCUCCAAACAUUACCGUCCUGGAGUGACAUUCUUCACCAACGGCCAGAUUUCACGCUUUGAGACUCAAGCGGAAGCAGCCAWUCUCAUCCAAGUGGAAAUGAAGAAGAAUAUUAGCACAGGAUUGGGGACUUGCUUAUUGCUUCAGAAUAUCGAGACGCGUGCGUAUAGCGAUUCGGCGGUGACGUGCUGGCUGGAAUGGAAUUUUCGCCCUCAAGCAGGGAGUGCGUUUGAGGGGAGAGGUUGGACUUUUACGAAUAUUUAUGGGUGGAGAUUGGGGAGUGGGGAGGUUGUGGAUGGGUGGGAGUAUGUGGUUCGUGAUCGAGAGGUGGAGGCUAUGCGCGAGGUCACUGGAACGGUUUUUACUGAAUGA